AACGAACUUUGCGUCAUCCUUGGCAUAAACAAAUUGGGAGCUCGACGGAGCUGUCGUGUUUGUUGAUAUUUGAUAUACCGUCUCGCGUCGCGAUAUUUAAUUAUAAUUCAAUUUCUAGCUAAUUCAGAUAGUAUUGGUGGAAUAUAUUGAAAAAAAUGAAGUGUGUAGCUGUGCUUCUGUGUGUGGUGGCAGCCGCCAGUGCUGUCUCCUUCUUCGACCUGGUCCGCGAGGAAUGGAACGCCUUCAAGAUGGAACACAACAAACAAUAUGAAUCAAAGGAAGAGGACAAGUUCCGCAUGAAAAUCUACGCUGAGAACAAGCACAAGAUCGCCAAGCACAACCAGAAGUUCGAACAAGGCCAGGUGUCGUUCCGGCUCAAACAGAACAAGUAUGGGGAUCUGCUGCAUCAUGAGUUUGUGCACAUCAUGAACGGCUUCAACAGGACUAACAAGCACAAGGGUCUCCUCUCCAAGGCCGCUGGCAUCCGCGGCGCAACCUUCAUCUCGCCGGCUCAUGUGACCCUGCCCGACCAGGUGGACUGGAGGAAGAAGGGCGCCGUCACCGAAAUCAAGGACCAGGGCAAAUGCGGAUCCUGCUGGUCGUUCAGUACUACCGGCGCUCUCGAAGGGCAGCAUUUCCGCAAGAGCGGCUACCUAGUGUCCCUCUCCGAACAAAACCUGAUCGACUGCUCAGCUGCCUACGGGAACAACGGUUGCAAUGGCGGACUCAUGGACAACGCCUUCAAGUACAUCAAGGACAACGGAGGCAUUGACACUGAGAAGUCUUACCCCUAUGAAGCCGUCGACGACAAGUGCAGGUACAACCCUAAGAACUCGGGCGCCGAUGACGUGGGCUUCACCGACAUUCCCCAAGGAGACGAGCAGAAGCUUCUAGAGGCGGUGGCUACUGUGGGACCCGUGUCUGUGGCCAUCGAUGCUUCGCAAGAGUCCUUCCAGUUCUACUCUGACGGCGUUUACUAUGAUGAGAACUGCUCGUCGGAAAACCUCGACCAUGGGGUGCUGGUUGUGGGCUACGGCACGGACGAGGCCGGCGGCGACUACUGGCUGGUGAAGAACUCGUGGGGCCGCAGCUGGGGCGACCUGGGCUACAUCAAGAUGGCGCGCAACCGCAACAACCACUGCGGCAUCGCCUCCGCCGCCUCCUACCCUCUAGUUUAAGUCCCAAGAAAGUAUCAAGUUGCCACCUACUUCUUUAUCGAUAUUGGAGUUCUAGAAACGAAAGAAAGAUAGACAUACCAUAUUUAAAGCAAGAAAGAAUAGGCUACUACUGAACCGGUGAGCUCCAUCUUAGGCCCUGUCUUCACUUUCCAUCAGGUGUGACUAGGGCCAACCGCCGAUCUGUAUAAAAAAAAAGAGUCUACUGCCAAUAAGUCCUCAAAAUCAUUAGGUUACCUGCUUCUUAACAAUGUUUAAACAAAUAAAAAAAGACACCAUCUUAAAAUCUACUAUCGGCACGCAAAGAGAUUAAUAUUUUUACAGUACAUAUGGUGCUACUUUACCGCACUAGUGCGAAAAUUAGCAUAUUACGUUACUGUGUCGAAUAUUUAAAGGGCCAUAUGUACUGUAAAACGUUGUACGAUACAUGUGCGAAUAGGUAAUUUGCAACUCGUGUCGAUUUAAAACACUCCCUUCGGUCGUGUUUUAAUUUAUCUCCACUCGUUUCGAAUUUCCUAUUUUUCGCACUUGUAUCGUAAUGUACUAUUGUAAAGUCUAAGCAAAAGCAGUAUGAGACCGUAUUCAGACGUGGCUCACUCCGCGGUAGGGUCGCGGCCCGCACCAGUCCUGGUGUCCAGCAGUAGCGGUUGCCGCGCGCCGCUGUAUCUGUCGCUGUACACGCGUUUUGUUAGGGAGUGAACCAUCUGUAGAUUUAUUUAUUCUGUGCCGUAUUGAAUUGUUGAAUGCUCUUAUUUAACUUCAUUGUAAUACAAAGCGUUGUAUCGUCCUGCGGUGGAAUAUAGAUGUCGUUACUUAUUGAAAUGAAUAAAAACUGUUGGUGGCACCGCAUUUUAUAAAUUUACAAGCCGACGUCAGAUUUUUGGAUUCCUAGAGACAAAAAUAAAAAUUAAGAUGUAGGAAUGCUAGCCUAUGUGAUCAGUGGCUGUAUGUUUAAUAUACUAAUAUAAAAGAUCUUAGUGAUGUUUAAUUAUAAGUAUCUGAAGCUUUACACAUUUAUACUUAGUUGUAAGGCUAUGAAAUUGUAAAAUUUGUAAAUUUAUCUACUUUAAGUUUCAAUGAAUGUCGCAACCCUGUGUAAAAAGUAGCGUCUGUCAUUGUCACAGUCAAAAUUCAAAUAAAAAAUCUGUUAUCGUCUACUCCACCGAACACUGUCUAUGACCGUAAUAAGAUUCAUAUACUAGCCGUGUCUUAUCCAACCUCUACAUUGGCAGCAUCAUCACCUUGAUGGAUCCAUAACACGAAAAAUUUAUCGAUUGUUAUCGCCUACUGAGAUUUUGAUUGUGACAUUUCUAUGAUCAUUCCAUUGCUUCGAUGAAACAUCACAUUUUAUUAUAGGACUGGGUUUUGUAAAACUUAGUGAAAAAAAUAGUUUUACGAGACCUAGACUAAGUAGUCUUAAUGGUAGGUUAAGUUCCAAUUUUACGUUGUGAUAUGAUUUUGCGACUGUGAGAGAAUAUAAAUAUAUUUUAUUAAAA